AUGCGGCCGCUACAAGAAACAAGGUACCACCUCCUCUCCUCUCCUCCCCCCACCCAACAUUGCCUGCAAUUGCUAAAACCCAAGCGGCGGCUGGGAACAAUCAGGAAACUCUGGGAAUCUCUCUUCAAAGGCCAUUCCUCGAUUAGCUCUUUACGUACCGCUACUACAGACUCUAUAUAUAAAAAUAAUGGAAAUAGCGGUAGCACCGAAGGUCCAUGUGGGGUCGGGUUGAGGUCUGUUUGUUGGAAGUUGUUCUUGCUAUUUCCGGGAUUCAAGCCAGAAGCCUGGAGUAGGACUAUACGCUACGAGCGUGCGGCAUUCGAGGAGUUGAAAAAGGUACAUGUAUCACCGUUUGAGAAGGCGGCAGAUUUCGGCGAGGGGAUUGAUCCGCUGGCGGAAGUUGCGGAGAACCCCUGGGAGCAAUUUCGAAAAGACGAAUCGCUGCGGAAAGAGAUACUCCAGGAUAUCGAACGAUGCAUGCCGGAGAAUACGUACUUCCGCGACCCGACGAUACAGAAUUCCCUUCUAAAUAUUCUGUUCAUAUAUUGUAAACUGAAUGCGGACGUUAGCUAUCGACAGGGCAUGCAUGAGAUUGUGGCGAUAAUACUUUGGGUUGUUUCUUGCGAUGCCAUUUCCACAGCUGCCGGUACUGAGGGACAGGAGGAGGAAGGGAAGCCCGUCGCUGAUGAGAACAUCAUGGUUGAAUGUCUAGAUCAUCAAUUUAUCGAGCAUGACACUUUCUCACUAUUUCAAGUCGUCAUGCGCUCGGCGAAAGCUUGGUACGAAAUUGGUGAGGAAGCCCUAGAUUCUGUUAAGGGGAGAGGAAGAAAUGAGAAUAGGAAUAGCUCGCCGAUCGUGGAGAAGAGUAAAUACAUUCAUGAGCAUUUGCUCAUGGCGGUGGAUCCAGAGUUGGCUGAGCACUUGAAGGCGUUGGAUGUUCUGCCCCAGGUGUUUUUGAUACGAUGGAUUCGAUUACUGUUCGGUCGGGAGUUCCCCUUUGAAGAGCUUUUGGAAGUUUGGGAUGCGCUGUUUGCUGAGGAUCCGAAUCUUCAGCUUGUAGAUCAUAUCUGUGUUGCUAUGCUUUUGCGGGUCCGGUGGCAAUUGAUGGAGGCAGACUAUUCUACUGCUCUUACGCUGGUACUACGGUACCCUUCGCCAACAGCACCUGAUCUUCCGGCAACGUUUGUUGCUGAUGCUAUAUACCUCCGAGAUAAUCCUACGUUUGCCGGGGGGAAGCACAUUGUCGUCAAAUACUCUAAUCGUACACCUACCCCUCCUGCACAAAAGCAACGAGCCCCGAAGCUCUCACGGAAAAAUAGCCCGUUAACACCACCUGCGAGGUUUCUUCAAACUGGCCAGUUGGAGAGUAUUGUACAGGAUGUUGCUAAGAAUAUGCUUAGUCAAGGCGAAAGAUGGGGUGUUAAUCGUGCAGUCAGAGACGCUGUAGGGGAUAUAAAAAAGAACGUUCAGGGCCUUCAGCAAAGCCAACAUCAGCAAUGGGCAGCCCAAGAAUCGGCUAGAGAAGCUGAAUUGGUAAGGAGGAGUCGGGAGCUAAGUAAGAAGCUCAAAGCAGACGACGAUAGAAGAAAGAAACUAGAGAGGCUCCUCCAAUUGAGCAUCGAAGAGUUGGAAAAGAAUGGUUUGACUACGGAACAGAAGAAAGUAUCACUGGUAAGACUAAACCACGUUCGCGAGUGUCUAUUAGAUGGCACAAAAACAGUGGACUACACCGCCUCAGCAGCGCCUUUGCCAAAGAUACUUCCUAUCACAACCUCAGUUCCUACAACACCCCCUUCACCUGCCGCCAACCCCCCCCUCUCAGGACGCGCCCCCCCCUCAUCCAUAUGUACCAUACAUACCCCCACCUCCACCGUCUCCCAACCGACCCAAAAACCAAAAUCAGCCCCACCAUCACCACCCGGUUCCACCCCUCCCCCAAAGCCGCAAAAAGUGCCUACAUCCCCGCAGGGAAGCUUUGUCAAGACGUCUUUCAAAAGCAACUCCGACCCAGACUUCCUCACGCACCGACCUCGGGCGUCGCUGGCUCAGAGCAGCUUCGCUUGGAUGCUCGGAGACGACCCUGCAGCGAAAACGAAAACGGCGUUCGUGUCUGCCUCUGCCCGAAAGUCUGGGAAUGCCAAUUCUAAUCACGGAGGUGGCGGAGGUGGGGGAAGUGGCGGUGCAGCAGGGGCAGAUGGUGUGGGAAAUGGUGUUAGAGUUGACGCUACGUGGACUCCCGAUGUGGAUGAAGGAUUUGAUUUGGGGAGGCUGAGGAGGAAGAGGUAG